UUUUACCGGGUGGGAGUUGGGGCCCCUUCCUGUUCCUGCUUAAUGCCUCAUGGAAAGUCAGCUUCUUCCUUAGAUUCGGCAGCUUGGAAGGAACCAGAGUUGUGAAUCUGGAACCCUGGUCAGGUCAGCCAGAACCUGCUGCUUGGAAGCUCUUGCUCAGAUCUCUGGAGAAGGUGGAAAUCUUUCUGGUUGGAACAGCUGUAAUAAGAGAACUUGGAGCAUUGGUGGAAGAGGUUGGCAAUUAAGUUAUUGUGCCUGAAUCUGCCACAUCAGAAUCCAUCCCAGAGCGUUGGAGAUAAUCCUCUUCUGCAUUUUCCGAGAAGAUCCUGAGUCCAGCCUCGGCUUUUCUGCCUCCACCAUGUCGGACCCCGAGGAUGAGGAUGGUGAAUCUUGUUGGAACAACCUGGAAAGCUUCCGCGUGAAGCUGAUUUCGGUGAUCGACCCUUUCAGAAUAACGCCUUACCUCCGGCAGUGCCGAGUCAUCAACCAUGAUGAUGAGGAGCAGAUCCUGAAUGAUCCCAGCUUGGUACUCCGGAAAAGGAAAACAGGACUGCUCCUAGAUCUCCUCCAGAGGACAGGCAAAAAGGGGUUUGUGGCUUUCCUGGAGAGUCUGGAGUUGUACUACCCGCAUCUCUACAAGAAAAUAACAGGCAACGACCCCACCCGGGUCUUCUCCAUGAUAAUAGACACGGCGGGAGAGUCGGGCCUGAUGGAAGUGCUGAUGAGUGAGGUCUCAAAGCUGCAAGCGGCCAUCCGAGAAGAAAGGCAGAAGGUCCAGGAGCUGAACGUGACACUCAGCACCAAGGAGGACACCAUCAAGGAGAUGAGGGUGAGGGACAGUGUCCUGCGCAAGUACCAGGAGCGGGCACACAAGGUGAAGGAGGAGAGGGACUCCCUCAGCAAGGAACUGAUGCUGUGCCGAGAGGAGAACUACAAGUUGGCCAUGAAGUACGCCAAGCAGAGUGAGGAGAAGAAUGUGGCCUUGAUGAAGAACCGGGAUCUGCAGCUGGAGAUCGACUGCCUGCGGCACAGUCUGAUCAAGGCUGAAGAUCACUGCAGCCUGGAACGAAAGCACACGCUGAACCUGAAGGAAGCCAUGGAGCAGCGGCCCAGCCACGAGGCGGUGUGGGAAAUCCAGCGGGAGAAGGACCUGCUGUUGGCCAAGAACAAGGAGCUGGAGAGCACACUGCAGGUCACCAAGAACGGCAGCUCCGAGCAGGACGGGGUCCCCCUCCAGGCUCUCGAGGCCGAGUGGAGGCGGGUGCUGAAGGAACAACAGGAGCUGGUGAACACCACCUGCGAUUUACGCCAAGCGCUCCAGAGAGCUGAAGAUGGGCGGGAUAAACUUGUAGGAGAGAAGGAGCUCUUGGAACUGAGAUGCACUUCCUUGCAAAAUGAUAACCAAAUUUACCAAAAUCGUAUCAAGGCUAUUUUAAAACAGCUGGAAGAGGUGGCUGCUGAAAGAGAUCAGGCUCUUCUGACCCAGGAGGAAUGCCACAAGCAAUACUCCCGAGGCCUGAGAGAGAAAGACAGCUACCGGAAGCAGAUCCGGGAACUCGGGGAGCGUUGUGACGAACUGCAGCUGCAGCUCUUCCAGAAAGAGGGACGACUGCUGAGUGCAGAAACCCAGCUGAAACGGCUGUGCCGCGAUCCCUCUGCUAUGACUUCAGAUCUUGAAGAAAACUCAUCCCGCAGCUCUCAAGAGCUGACUCCCCAUGGAAAUCCAGAUGAAGACAGGAAAGGCACCAAACCAAGAAGGAGCCCAGUGGAUGGAGAACUGCCAGAGAAAGGGCAUCGGCGAAUGAAGGACAGUUUUGAGCAUUAUCGGAGAAAGAGAGCUCUACGAAGGGUGCAGGAGAGCCGCUAUCACGAAGCUUACUGGGAACAUUCCUCAGGAAGUGAGAACACAGACACCGAAGGCUCCUGACCUCGUCUGCUACCUGGAGGGAGAAGUGGAGAAUUUAGGGGACUCUUCAACCAAUCUCCAACCCAUCUACUUCUCAUUCACAAGCAACAUGGGCAGCGGGAGGACUAAAUGGGUGAAUUAUUUUGCUGAGACCACCUAGAUUUUACAUCUCUAUCCAGCUGACUGAAUGAUGCUGUCCAGAUUCCUUCCCAGUGUCUGAAGGACUUGGGGACCUGGAGCAGGUUUGGGUUCCAGCCAAAGAAGACUCAGUGGCUGUGAGGUUUAGCCACCCCAUCCCCCAUCUGGAUUUCAGAUUCUAGAUUUUCUGUUUAUAUAUUGGCUGUUGUUUUUCUCUUUUGAUUCCUGGUGCGUUUAUGUGGUAUGCCACCCAGAAUCACACUGGCUGAAUUUGUCAGCAUUAAUUACAGGUAGUUCUCGACUUCUGACCGGUCGUUUGGCGACAACCCAAUUUCGAAGUUACAGCCACUUUAGUACUACCAAUUGUUUUCCCUCCCACUGAGCCAAUGCAGUAUUCCCCCCUUGCAGUAUUCUCCCUCCAUUUUCCACCCCAUCUUAAAGAGUCCCUUUAGGCUCUGGGCCUUCUUCCCACCCUGCUGAGUCCCAUACCCUCUCCCCACCCUCAUCACUGAUCACUCACCUUUUACUGUGGAUCGGGGUCCCCAACCCCUGGGUUGUGGCCCACUGCUGGGCCAUGAGCCAUUCGGAAUCAGGCUGUGGAAGCGGCAGGUGAGCACAUGUGCACAUGCAUGCAUCCCCACGUGCGUGAGCAGCAGGCAAGCACGUACACACACACUCAAUUUGCUGGCCAUUCACAUGGAACUAUUGCCCACCCCCCCAGUCCACAAAACCAGGAAGGUUGGAGAAUUCUGCUGUAGAUCUUCUGGAAUCUCCAGAGAUCAUGUUGGGGAAGGAGAGGUUUUCUCUGUCCCUGCCCCAUGUGACUCCAAACCAGAAGUGGGAAGCAUUUCAGAGGGAUAAUUUUUUGCAGCCACUUUGAAAAUGGUACACUUCCAGUAUUGUGCAGCCUGCGGGGAUACCGAGGGUGGAACAGCCUGCUCUCCUUCUACAAGUUUUUAAUAAAAGGGAUUUAUGACUGUUUUUCACAUUUAUGACCAUUACAUCCCUGUGGUCACAAUCAAAAUUCAGAUGCAUGGCCACUGACUUAUGACCGUUGCUAUGUCCUGGGGUGAUUUGUUCCCCUUUUGCGGCUUUCUAACAACCAGUCAAUGGGGAAGUCAGAUUCACUUAACAACCAUAUUAGUAAUUUAAAAGCCGCAGUGAUUCUUAAUUUAUUAACUUAACUGUGGAAACGAUAAUGCAAGUGGGGAGGUGUCCAGCCACUCACAUGGCCAUGGCCCACAGGUUGGGGACCCCGAAUCUAGAUUCCAUGUUCUCUGCUCUUCAAGUCUCGCAUGCAAUCGGUUAUCUUUGUGUGAUCAUUUGCUUACAGACACGUCAAAUAUACUGAAUGCAUAUUAUAACUUGUUUCUGUACCUUAUAAAGGCAACUUGAUUCCCCCUUAAUAAAUGCUGUUUGCUUUG